AGUCAAGUGGUUGAGGUUAUGAAUGAUUGUUUACAAAAUGUCUUUGCAAUAAGAAAACAUAAAACAAAAAUUAACUUGAAAAAAUGUUUGCAGAGUUGAAACUGUUACGUUUUGUCUGUUCCAUCGUAAUUUUGGUAAUUCUGUCGAACAAUGCGACCGCUAAUGACUUGGAGGUUUUCGAUGAAUUCGCCAAAAGUUCCAGUUCACAUUCAAACAAUUGGGCAGUUCUAGUAGACACAUCAAGGUUUUGGUUUAAUUAUCGCCAUGUAGCAAAUGUCUUAUCAAUUUACCGGUCCGUGAAGCGUUUGGGAAUACCCGACAGUCAAAUAAUAUUGAUGGUAGCCGACGAUAUGGCGUGCAAUCCUCGAAAUCCACGACCCGCAACCGUUUUCAACAAUGCGAAUCAACACAUCAAUGUGUACGGUGAUGAUGUUGAGGUGGAUUAUAGAGGCUAUGAGGUCACGGUGGAAAACUUUGUUCGUUUGUUGACCAAUCGUUUUCCUAGUAGUACUCCACGAUCUAAAAAGCUUCUGACUGAUCCGGGAAGUAACAUUCUCAUCUACUUAACGGGACACGGAGGCGAUGGUUUUCUGAAAUUUCAGGAUUCCGAAGAAAUUACUAAUCAGGAAUUGGCCGAUGCCUUUGAACAGAUGUGGCAAAAACGAAGAUACAAUGAAAUUUUCUUCAUGAUCGACACAUGCCAAGCAGCAUCCAUGUACGAGAAAUUUUAUUCACCAAAUAUAUUGGCUGUGGCGAGCAGUCUCGUUGGGGAGGACUCUCUAUCGCACCACGUCGACCCUGCUAUCGGUGUGUACAUAAUCGAUCGAUACACGUACUAUGCUUUAGAAUUCUUGGAAAACGUUGAUGCUGAGAGUCAAAGAACCAUCGGGGAAUUCUUGAAAGUUUGUCCAAAACGAGUCUGCAUAUCGACUGUUGGCGUUAGAAAAGACUUAUUCCGGCGAGAUCCGAACAAAGUCCUCAUAACCGAUUUCUUUGGUUCAAUCAGGCCGAUUGAGAUAAUCAGAGAUCGUGAAAAUGUCACAAUACCGCUGAAACUAUCUUCGGAGUCAAACAGCAUUGAAUCAUGUGAGGAUAGUAACAUCAAAUUUGAAUUUUAUGAACAAUUUCCGAGUAAACUUUUCAACUAAAAAA